AUGCCGCUUCCCCAUCCACCACAGCUCAUCCACCACCUCGACCACCACCUUGACCACCACCGCCCGCCCUCCUCCGCGUUAUCCUCCUCCUCCUCCGCCACCUCUUCUCAGCGUUACCAUCACUAUAGCCACCACGCCCGUUUGUCGAAGAAAACACCAAGCGUCUACCGUUGCGUUAAUUCCGAUUCAUUUCUUGUUUACCAUCGACGUGCUGGAGCCGGAAUUGGCUUAGCAAGCCCCAACCAGCUCAUGUUGUUGAUGGAAGAGAAGCAAUGGAUUACGGUCCAGCAGAAGACAUUCACAAAAUGGCUCAAUAACAAAUUAAAAGUUCGAGACCUCGCAAUUGAGGACUUAGUGAAGGAUCUUUCUGAUGGGGUUAUCCUCAUUCACAUACUUGAGAUUCUGGGAAACGAAUCCCUCGGUCGAUAUGCGUCCAAACCCAAACUGCGAGUCCAGAAAUUCGAGAAUGCUAAUAAGAGCCUUGACUACAUCAAGGGGCGGGGGAUACAGAUGACAAACAUUGGCGCUGAAGAUAUAGUGGAUGGCAAUAGAAAGAUUAUUCUCGGGCUGAUAUGGACCCUUAUCCUACGAUUUACGAUUAGCGACAUCAGCGAGGAGGGAAUGACGGCGAAAGAAGGGCUGUUGUUGUGGUGUCAGCGGAAAACAGCUUGCUAUCCAGGAGUAGAAGUUAGAGAUUUUUCGACAAGCUGGAAUGAUGGACUGGCUUUUUGCGCAUUGCUUGAUAUCCAUAGACCCGAUCUAAUCGAUUUCGAUUCUCUGGAUAAAAAUGACCACAGGGGCAAUAUGCAGCUGGCUUUUGAUAUUGCGUCGAACCAUAUCGGUAUACCUGAUUUGCUUGACGUGGAGGACGUCUGCGACGUCGCAAAACCCGACGAGCGAUCGCUCAUGACCUAUAUCGCCUAUUGGUUCCAUGCAUUUUCGCAGCUUGAAAGAGUGGAAAAUGCAGGUCGACGGGUGGAGAAAUUUGUUAUGAACAUGCAGGGAGCCUGGGAGAUGCAGAACUCCUUUGAGCGCAGAAUGAAAGAGCUUCUUCAGGCUAUUAGAGGACAACGCGCUGAAUGGCGUGAAUCGUCGUUCAAGGGAACUUAUGCGGAUGCUAAAGAGCAGGCAAGUAAGUUUGGGGCGUAUAAGAGAAACCAGAAGAGGAAGUGGGUUGCGGAGAAAUCCGAUCUUGCGGCUCUACUGGGGAAUAUCAAAACGAAACUUAGCACAUAUCGUCUUAGGGCCUAUGAGCCACCUCCGGAAUUGAGACUCGAAGUCCUGGACCAGGAAUGGAGCGCCCUAACCCAGAAUGAACGUGAACGCAGUCAGCUAAUAAAUGAAACCAUCCGCGAUAUUAAAAAUUCCCUGCGACGUUCGUUCGCUGACAAGGCGAAUGAUUUUGCAUUGACCCUUAAUACAUUAUCCCUUGCUAUUUCUGGUCUUGAAGGAGAUGUCGAGGACCAGCUAUCGCAUGUACGACGCCUCAACGAUAACCUCCCUCCGCUAGACGCUUUCUUGGAAACUAUAGCUGAGUUGGAGGAACGGUGUAUAGAGGCCAACAUUGAGGAAAAUGAUUUCACCACAUAUACAUACGACGAGCUUGCAUAUGAGCUUGGAUUGGUCAAAUCGAGUGUCAGCAAAAAGCUAGCUUUCUUGGAAAACCAGACAGUGGCAAGAAACAUGACCAAUCUAACUCCGAUCCAACUUGAAGAAUUUGAGUCUGUCUUUAGACAUUUUGACCGAGACUCUUCCAAUACCCUCCAUGAGAUUGAGUUUUCAGCUGCUUUGGCGAGUUUGGGCUUAGUUUACGAUGAGGAUGAGAUGCAUGAAGUUUUUCUGGAGACUUGUGGGCAAACAAGAGUUGAGCGGAACGCAGGCGUCAGCUUUGAGCAGUUCAUUCGGUUCAUGGUCAGUGUUACGGAGGACCAGAACACGGCAGAACAGGUCUUUCAGAGUUUCAAAGAGGUGGCUGAUGGAAAGCCGUAUGUCACAGAACUCGACCUUCGACAUUCCCUCAUUCCCGAGGAGCUUAUCGAUAACCUUCUGGAAUCCAUGCCACGACAUGAUGGCCCGGAUCUUUUGGAGGAUCGAGACGUACCCAAGUAUGAUUAUAUCACGUUCAUGGAGAACAUGAUGAACGGCGGCGACGAUGAUGGCGAUGAUGAUGACGAUGAUGAGCGUGGCGAUAGCAGGAAUAGCCGCCAAGUGAAAGAUUUCUAA